AUGGAGGCAAUAGGAGAGGGCGUGGCUACCCCUGUCGCGGAAUCAUUGGUAGAUAAAGCAAUGAAGGAACUCAAAUACUUGUGUUGUUACAAGACCUAUGUCGAUGACUUUGAAGAGGAGAAGACGAGUUUGAGUGCAAGGAGAAACAGAGUGCUUAAAGAUAUUGAAGAUGCCAAGCACCGAAAUGAGAAUAAGGUUGAAGAUGAAGUUGAACUGUGGUUAGAUAGAGCCAAAGAUCUCAUAGAAGAAGACACAAAAGGAAAGAAGAAAUGGUUUGGUUUGGUCACUAAUUGCUUUUGGCAGUACAAGCGAGGCAAGGAGCUGGAAGGGAAGACGCAAAAGAUUAAACGACUGAUGGGACAGAGUAACUUCGCUCGUGUUGCUCGUUCAACUGGGCUUCCAGGCAUGGACUUCUAUUCUUGUCCAAAUUUUAUGACUUUUGAGGAUAGAGAGUUGAUCUCUCAGAAGCUGAAGGAGGCAUUGAAAGACGACAAUAGGUUUAUGAUUGGAUUGUAUGGGCUAGGCGGAACAGGGAAAACCACAAUGGCAAUAGAAGUAGGUAAAGAUGUCGAGGAAUCAAAGUUGUUUGAUAAAGUCAUCUUCAGUGUUGUCUCAAAGGAUGCAAACUUGAAAAAUAUUCGGGUCAACAUUGCAAAACACUUAGAUCUGCCUUUAACCGAAGGAAUGGAGGAAUCUGAACAAGCACAAAAAUUGUGGAAAACAAUAGCAGAAGGUGGAAAAAAGGUGCUUAUAAUAUUAGAUGACAUGUGGGAAAAGCUUACACUGCGAGAUAUAGGGAUUCCUCUUGGCCGUCACGGCAAGGGUUGUUGUGCUGUUUUGCUGACCACACGUGAUCGAAGAGUUUGUAUAGAUAUGGACUGCAAUGAGCCUAGUCAACUUGAGGUCCUAAAAGAAAAGGACGCAGUUGAUCUUUUCCUAUCUUAUGCUGGCAUGAGCAUAGAUGGUCCUUCCAAUGAUUUUAAGGAUGUGGCUAGAGAUAUUGUGAAGGAGUGUGGAAGUUUACCAAUUGCAAUUGUAGCAGUGGCAAGUGCACUAAAGUCUAGGCCUUUACCAGAAUGGCGGGAUAGUUUGAAAAGAUUGCAGAAUCAUGAGAGAAUUCACGAUGUUGACAAAGAGUUAAAACAGGCUUAUAACUCUUUGAGAUUAAGCUAUGCUUAUCUCAGGAAUGAAAAGGCCAAACAACUCUUUCUCCUGUGCUCUCUCUUCCCUGAAGAUUAUGAAAUACCUAUAGAACUUUUAACCAGGAUUGCUAUAGGUGUUGGCCUUUGUGGAGAAGCUAACAUAUACUCUGUUGCAAGAAGUCAUUUUACUCCAAUUAAAAAUGAGCUCAUAGAUUCCUGUUUGUUAUUAAAGGAUAAGAAUGAAUGUGUCAAAAUGCACGACUUGGUUCGGGAGGUAGCUCUAUGGAUUGGAAACAAACAGGUUCAAGCGGGCAUGAAUUCUAACUCAACUUUAAUGGAAAACAUCCAUUAUUCAUCUUGGAACCUAGUUGACUUUCCGAAUCAUUUUGAUGGCAAAAAACUUGAGGUUCUUUUACUUUGGAUCCAUGAUGCAAAUUCUCCUAGAGUCAAAGUUCCUAAUGCUAUCUUUGAAGGGAUGGAGAACCUUAAAAUUUUGGCUUUAAUGAGUUCGUCAGAUUUGGAAAUUUCAGCUGCUUCCUUAUUUUAA